AUGUUUGCUGUGCCUAUACAGGACGGAACGACUGUCAUCCUCAAUCACUCUCCCCAAGGAGGCUCUCGACACCUUGCGUGUCUGGUAGAAAAGGCUGGAGAAUCGUCGACGGCAGGCCUUCCGCAAUACUCUCUGAUCGUCGAGCCUUGGGGCAAUGGCAUGGCAUGUCGUCUCACAAUCGAACGCACAGGACAAUUCGAGCGAGAAUCUACUUGUUCGUCAUCCGCAUCGACGUCCACGCUGUCUCGAUCACCUUCCCUAGUUAACGCGACUCCGCCUCCAUGUCAGCAGAACGUUCCAACAUUGAUCCAAGGACGUCGGAAGGAUUGGACACAUGAAGAGAAGCCAACAUACAACCCGACGAUAGUGGACUCGCCUUCACAGGACAGCAUGGAUUGGACGAAUCACCCGAAUCACCCAACCUACGCUUUCCUUAACCAACUCGGUGGCCAGAAUACCGCAUUUUCCCGAGAAGCAGCCGUUUCUAAUCCUGACGCAAGUGCGGCCAAUCUUCGCCUACUGGAGCCUUUGUUCUGGAACGAGAGCGACCUUAUGCCUCGUUUGUAUUCCCACCGCAAUGACGACCCCAUAUCGCCUAUAGAGGCCACAGCAACAUUACUUCACGCUCGGACUCCAAUCAAUAAUUACAACGAUUUCAUGGAUAUCAACAUGCUUACCUUCGCUGAACAGGGACAUAAUACAAAUGCCAAUGACUCUCCCCGGCUGGUGGAGAUUCCGCGUACCCCUCACCGAAUAGCAGCGAUGGUCAUGGGGGUCGAGUCAAGAGGGUUUAUCCUUGUCGAGAACCUGGAUGUCGCGGGGUAUUCUCCAGAGUUUACACACGACGCGUCCACGAGAGAAAGCAUAGCGAAGAACAGAUCAAGAGGCGACAAUGCAGAUUUCCAAACUGCCAUGUCCAAGUUUCAAGACCCCAUGACAGACUCAGGUACUUGUCGCUACCUGUAUUCAUUGAAGUCGACUUCAUUAAAGUCUCCCAGGCAUGAAGUGACGACGCACAAUAUCAUUGCUGAGUGGACGUGCAUCUGCUCUGCAUUCUUCCUGACACAAAAUGGGCUCAAUACGCAUCAGAAGUCUUGUCAAAAAUGGCAAUGUAGAGAAAGCUUUGUCGAAACAGUUGACGUUAAAGAGCGACAAAUGUCUGGGCCUUUGAGUAGAUGGAUCAGGGGACAUGGCAACCGAAUGGCCAACGACAGCCAAUCCAAGGAAACUGAAUCGCGAAACAAGACCCACCUCCUUCCUCUUAGAACGAUGGCAAAACAGUCGCAGAAACCCAAUGUUCCGAGGAGUGAUAUUGGAGGUUCGAAUCCAGGCGAACGCGAACUUUGUUACGGUGGCCGUGUAAACAGCGCCAGCGUAACUCAUUCGCGCCUGACUAACCAUGAAAACGCCCUCAAGUUGCAGGCAAUGCAGCCCGACUCAGAACCAAACCCAAAAAUCGUUUCUUUGGGGCGCGAAUGA